AUGGCGACGGCGGCGGUGUGCCCGGCGCCGAUGCAGGCGACGUCGCACGGCGCGUUCCAGGGCGACAACCCGCUGCACUACUCGCUGCCUCUCGCCAUCCUGCAGAUCUGCCUCGUCGUCGUCGUCACGCGCGGCCUCGCCUACGCCCUCCGCCCGCUCCGACAGCCCAGGGUCAUCGCCGAGAUCAUCGGAGGUGUCCUGCUGGGCCCGUCGGCGCUGGGCCGGAGCACCAAGUUCCUGCACGCUGUCUUCCCGCCAGAGAGCCUGCCGGUGCUGGACACGCUGGCCAAUCUCGGCCUGCUCUUCUUCCUCUUCCUCGUCGGCCUUGAGCUCGACAUCGCCGCCAUCCGCCGUACGGGCAAGAAGGCGCUGGCCAUCGCACUAGCCGGCAUCUCCCUCCCGUUCGCACUGGGUAUCGGCACCUCCUUCGCUUUCCGCGCCACCAUCGUCAAGGGUGCCCCGCAGGCGCCGUUCCUCGUUUUCAUGGGCGUCGCGCUCUCCAUCACAGCCUUCCCGGUGCUCGCCCGCAUCCUCGCUGAGCUGAAGCUCCUCACCACCGAUCUCGGCCGUAUGGCCAUGUCGGCAGCGGCGGUCAAUGACGUCGCUGCAUGGAUCCUGCUGGCGCUCGCGGUCGCUCUAUCUGGAGAAGGCUCGCCGAUUAUCUCGCUCUGGGUGCUCCUCACUGGCGUUGGCUUCGUCAUCGCCAUUAUCGUCCUCCUCCGGCCGGUGCUGGCAUGGAUGGCGAACCGGUCCCCCGACGGCGAGCCAGUCAAGGAGGUGUACAUCUGCGCCACCCUCGCCCUCGUCCUGGCUGCUAGCUUCGCCACCGACGUCAUCGGCAUCCAUGCGCUCUUCGGCGCCUUCAUGGUCGGCAUCGUCGUCCCCAAGGAGGGGCCCUUCGCUGGCGUGCUCAUCGAGAAGGUGGAGGACCUCAUCUCGGGCCUCUUCCUCCCGCUGUACUUCGUGUCCAGCGGCCUCAAGACAAACGUGGCCACCAUCAGUGGAGCAAAAUCAUGGGGGUUGCUGGUGCUAGUCAUCACCAACGCCUGUAUCGGCAAGAUCGGCGGCACGGUGAUUGCGUCGCUGGUGGUGAAGAUCCCGAUGAGGGAGGCGGUCACGCUGGGGUUCCUGAUGAACACCAAGGGCCUCGUGGAGCUCAUCGUCCUCAACAUCGGCAGGGACCGCAAGGUGCUCAACGACGAGUCCUUCGCCAUCAUGGUUCUCAUGGCGCUCUUCACCACCUUCAUCACGACGCCCAUCGUCAUGGCCAUCUACAAGCCAGCGCGGCCGUCAGUGCCAUACAAGCGCCGCACCGUGGAGGGCUCCCCAUCCGACGCGGACAGCGAGCUCCGAGUGCUCGCCUGCUUCCACAGCAACCGCAACGUCCCGACGCUGCUGAACCUGGUUGAGUCGUCACGCGGCACGAGCCGGCGCCGCCUCGCCAUGUAUGCCAUGCACCUGGUGGAGCUCUCGGAGCGUUCUUCGGCCAUAUCCAUGGUGCACCGCACGCGGCGCAACGCCAUGCCAUUCUUCAACAGCGGGGACAAGGAUGGGCAGAUGGUGGUGGCAUUCGAGGCGUUCCAGCAACUGAGCACCGUAAGGGUGAAGCCCAUGACGGCCAUCUCCGACCUCGAGACCAUCCACCGGGACGUCAUCGACAGUGCCGCGGAGAAGCGCGCGGCCAUCGUGAUCAUGCCGUACCACAAGAUGCUCCAGCAGGACGGCACGUUCCACUCGCUGGGCUCCGAGUACCACGCCGUCAACAAGCGCGUGCUCCGCGGCGCCCCAUGCUCCGUCGCCAUCCUCGUCGACCGAGGCCUGGGCGGCCAUUCUCAGGUCGCCGCCAAGAAUGUCGCUUUCUCCGUCUCGAUGCUUUUCUUCGGUGGGCCUGACGACCGCGAGGCGCUGGCUUACGCCACCCGCAUGGCCGAGCACCCCGGCGUCUCCGUGACACUGACACGGUUCAGGCCUAGCCGUGUGCAGCCCGACGAAGAGUCUAGCGCGGCCGACGAGGCGACCGUGGAGUCGUUCAAGGCCAAGGUCGGCGCCGUGAAGGACGGAUCAGUGAGGUUCGAUGACGUGGAGGUAUCCGGCAAGGAAGAUGUGCUGGAGGCCAUCAACUCGCUGUCGAAGUGCAACAUGUUCGUUGUGGGGCGGACGCCGCCGGCAGAGCCUUUGGUGGAUAGGCCCGAGGAGCUGGGACCGGUGGGGAGCUACCUGGCGUCACCGGAGUUCAAGACUUCUGCGUCGGUGCUGGUGAUCAAGAGGUACGACCCGGCGACGAACCCGGCCAGCAAGAGGUUCGAUCCCAGGGCGAGGCCGCCGGUGGCGACCGAGGUGGAGGACGAUGACGAAGAGUUGGGUGGCGGAGGCGGCAGCUCCUCCGUCGUGCCCGUGCAGUGGACGCCGACGCACGACGCCGCCUGA